CGGCGGGGCCGGGACGCGGGGCGGUGGCGGCGGCGGGACGCGGGGACCAUGGCUGCCGCUGAGCGCCGCGCCUUCGCGCACAAGAUCAACAGGACGGUGGCCGCAGAGGUGCGGAAGCAGGUGUCCCGGGAACGCAGCGGCUCCCCCAGCUCCAGCAGGCGCUGCAGCAGCUCCCUGGGGGUCCCACUGACUGAAGUUGUCGAGCCCCUGGACUUUGAGGAUGUACUUCUGAGCCGGCCACCAGACGCUGAGCCCGGGCCCCUCAGGGACCUGGUCGAAUUCCCAGCUGACGACUUGGAGCUGCUGCUGCAGCCCCGGGAAUGCCGAACCACAGAGCCCGGGAUCCCCAAGGAUGAAAAACUGGAUGCUCAGGUGAGGGCCGCGGUGGAGAUGUAUAUCGAGGACUGGGUCAUCGUCCACAGAAGGUAUCAGUACCUGAGUGCAGCAUACAGCCCCGUCACCACGGAGACACAGCGAGAGCGACAGAAGGGCCUCCCCCGCCAGGUCUUUGAGCAGGAUGCUUCUGGAGACGAGAGGUCCGGCCCUGAGGACUCGAAUGACUCCCGGCGCGGCUCAGGCUCCCCGGAAGACACCCCUCGAAGCAGUGGUGCCUCUAGCAUCUUCGACCUGAGGAACCUUGCCGCUGACUCACUGCUGCCCUCGCUGCUAGAGCGGGUGGCCCCAGAAGAUGUGGACCGGCGCAAUGAAAGCCUCCGACGGCAGCACCGGCCCCUGGCCCUGCUUACCCUCUACCCGGCGCCUGACGAGGACGAACCUGUGGAACGCUGUAGCCGCCCAGAGCCACCCCGCGAGCACUUUGGACAGAGGAUCUUGGUCAAGUGUCUGUCACUCAAGUUUGAGAUUGAAAUUGAGCCCAUCUUUGGAAUCUUGGCUCUGUAUGAUGUGCGGGAGAAAAAGAAGAUCUCGGAGAACUUCUACUUCGACCUGAACUCGGACUCCAUAAAGGGGCUGCUUCGGGCUCAUGGCACCCACCCUGCCAUCUCCACCUUGGCCCGCUCUGCCAUCUUCUCCGUGACCUACCCCUCACCUGACAUCUUCCUGGUCAUCAAGUUGGAGAAGGUGCUUCAGCAAGGGGACAUCAGUGAGUGUUGUGAGCCUUACAUGGUGAUGAAAGAAGUAGACACAGCCAAGAACAAAGAGAAGCUAGAGAAGCUGCGCCUGGCGGCUGAGCAGUUCUGCACCCGCCUGGGCCGCUACCGCAUGCCCUUUGCCUGGACGGCCGUGCACUUGGCCAACAUCGUGAGCAGCGCUGGGCAGCUGGACCGGGACUCUGACUCGGAGGGCGAACGCCGGCCAGCUUGGACAGACCGCCGCCGUCGGGGGCCCCAGGACCGGGCGAGUAGUGGGGACGAAGCCUGCAGCUUCUCUGGCUUCCGCCCAGCCACGCUAACUGUCACAAACUUCUUUAAGCAGGAGGCUGAGCGACUUAGUGACGAGGACCUCUUCAAAUUCCUGGCUGACAUGAGGCGCCCGUCGUCCCUGCUGCGGCGACUACGUCCUGUGACUGCCCAGCUCAAGAUCGACAUUUCUCCAGCUCCGGAAAAUCCCCAGUUCUGCCUGUCCCCCGAGCUGCUUCAUAUCAAGCCCUACCCGGACCCCAGGGGCCGGCCCACCAAGGAGAUCCUGGAGUUCCCUGCUCGCGAAGUCUACGCCCCCCAUACCAGCUAUAGGAACCUGCUGUACGUGUACCCGCACAGCCUCAACUUCAGCAGCCGCCAGGGCUCCGUGCGCAACCUUGCCGUGCGAGUGCAGUACAUGACAGGCGAGGACCCCAGCCAGGCCCUGCCGGUCAUCUUUGGCAAGUCCAGCUGCAGUGAAUUUACCCGCGAGGCCUUCACACCGGUGGUCUACCAUAGCAAGUCCCCUGAGUUCUACGAGGAGUUCAAGCUGCAUCUUCCAGCCUGCGUGACAGAGAACCAUCACCUGCUGUUCACCUUCUACCACGUCAGCUGCCAGCCCCGGCCGGGCACUGCCCUGGAGACGCCCGUGGGCUUUACUUGGAUCCCACUGCUGCAGCACGGGCGCCUGAGGACCGGCCCCUUCUGUCUCCCAGUGUCCGUGGACCAGCCGCCGCCCAGCUAUUCCGUGCUCACACCCGAUGUGGCGCUGCCGGGCAUGCGCUGGGUGGACGGUCACAAGGGCGUGUUCAGUGUGGAGCUCACGGCCGUGUCCUCUGUGCACCCCCAGGACCCCCACCUGGACAAGUUCUUCACCCUGGUGCAUGUCCUGGAGGAGGGGGCCUUCCCAUUCCGGCUCAAGGACGCUGUGCUGAGCGAGGGCAAUGUAGAGCAGGAGCUGCGGGCCAGUCUUGCAGCCCUGCGCCUGGCCAGCCCCGAACCCCUCGUGGCCUUCUCCCACCACGUGCUGGACAAGCUCGUGCGUCUGGUCGUCAGGCCCCCGAUCAUCAGUGGCCAGAUUGUGAACCUGGGCCGUGGAGCCUUUGAAGCAAUGGCCCAUGUAGUCAGCCUUGUCCACCGGAGCCUGGAGGCAGCCCAGGAUGCCCGCGGUCACUGCCCACAGCUGGCUGCCUACAUCCACUACGCAUUUCGCCUGCCUGGCACUGAGCCCAGCCUCCCGGAUGGGGCCCCCCCAGUGACAGUGCAGGCUGCCACACUGGCCCGUGGCUCGGGUCGCCCCAUAAGCCUCUACCUGGCGCGUUCCAAGAGCAUCAGCAGCAGCAACCCCGACCUCGCCGUGGCCCCUGGCUCUGUGGAUGACGAGGUUUCCCGCAUCCUGGCCAGCAAGGUAGGUCCCCUGUGUCCUCAGGACGUGGAGCUGGCCGAGCGCCUCAACGCCAGCCUGGCCUUCUUCCUCAGUGACCUUCUGUCCCUGGUGGACCGGGGCUUUGUCUUCAGCCUGGUCCGGGCCCACUACAAGCAGGUGGCCACGCGGCUCCAGUCGUCCCCUAAUCCGGCGGCCCUGCUGACCCUGCGCAUGGAAUUCACCCGCAUCCUAUGCAGCCACGAGCACUACGUGACCCUCAACCUCCCCUGCUGCCCUCUGUCGCCCCCAGCCUCGCCCUCCCCCUCUGUGUCCUCCACCACCUCCCAGAGCUCCACCUUCUCCAGCCAAGCCCCGGACCCCAAGGUGACCAGCAUGUUCGAACUGAGUGGACCAUUCCGGCAGCAGCACUUCCUAGCUGGGCUCCUGCUGACAGAGCUGGCGCUGGCCCUUGAACCUGAGGCCGAGGGGGCAUUUCUGUUGCACAAGAAGGCCAUCAGUGCUGUGCACAGUCUGCUAUGCGGCCAUGACACUGAUCCCCGCUACGCAGAGGCCACCGUGAAGGCUUGUGUGGCUGAGCUGUACCUGCCACUGCUAUCGAUUGCACGGGACACCUUGCCACGGCUGCAUGACUUUGCUGAGGGUCCAGGUCAGCGGUCAAGACUGGCCUCAAUGCUUGACUCAGAUACAGAAGGCGAAGGGGACAUUGCGGGUACCAUCAACCCCUCUGUGGCCAUGGCCAUUGCUGGUGGCCCCCUAGCCCCCGGCUCCCGGGCCAGCAUCUCCCAGGGGCCGCCAACGGCUUCUCGCGCAGGCUGUGCCCUCUCUGCUGAGUCAAGCCGGACCUUGCUGGCGUGUGUGCUGUGGGUGCUGAAAAAUGCCGAGCCGGCGCUCCUGCAGCGCUGGGCCACUGACCUGACACUCCCCCAGCUGGGACGUCUCUUGGACUUGUUGUACCUCUGCCUGGCUGCCUUCGAGUACAAGGGGAAAAAGGCCUUUGAACGCAUCAACAGCCUCACAUUCAAAAAAUCGCUGGAUAUGAAGGCACGUCUAGAGGAAGCCAUCCUGGGCACCAUCGGAGCACGACAAGAAAUGGUUCGGCGAAGUCGUGAGAGGAGCCCAUUUGGGAAUCCAGAGAACGUGCGCUGGCGGAAGAGCGUCACACACUGGAAGCAAACCUCGGACCGCGUGGACAAGACCAAGGAUGAAAUGGAACACGAGGCCUUGGUGGAAGGGAACCUGGCAACCGAGGCAAGCCUAAUAGUUCUGGACACAUUGGAGAUCAUCGUGCAGACGGUGAUGCUUUCAGAAGCCCGGGAGAGCAUCUUAGGGGCAGUGCUGAAGGUUGUGCUGUACAGCCUGGGUAGUGCCCAGAGUGCCCUCUUCUUGCAGCAUGGCCUGGCCACCCAGAGGGCCCUUGUGUCCAAGUUCCCGGAGCUGCUGUUCGAGGAGGACACGGAGCUGUGUGCUGACCUGUGCCUGAGGCUCCUACGACACUGCGGCAGCCGCAUCAGCACCAUCCGCACGCACGCCAGCGCCUCGCUGUACCUGCUCAUGCGACAGAACUUCGAGAUCGGCCACAACUUUGCCCGUGUGAAGAUGCAGGUGACCAUGUCUCUCUCGUCCCUGGUGGGGACAACACAGAACUUCAGUGAAGAGCACCUGCGACGUUCACUCAAAACCAUCCUCACCUAUGCUGAGGAGGACGUGGGGCUGCGGGACAGCACCUUCGCGGAGCAGGUCCAGGACCUGAUGUUCAACCUGCACAUGAUCCUGACGGACACGGUGAAGAUGAAGGAACAUCAGGAGGACCCUGAGAUGCUCAUCGACCUCAUGUACAGAAUUGCCCGGGGCUACCAGGGCUCGCCCGACCUGCGGCUGACCUGGCUGCAGAACAUGGCCGGGAAGCAUGCGGAGCUGGGCAACCAUGCCGAGGCCGCCCAGUGCAUGGUGCAUGCGGCCGCCCUCGUGGCUGAGUACCUCGCCCUGCUUGAGGACCACCGCCACCUGCCCGUGGGCUGUGUUUCCUUCCAGAACAUCUCAUCCAAUGUGCUAGAGGAGUCCGCCAUCUCCGACGACAUCCUGUCGCCUGACGAGGAGGGCUUCUGCUCCGGAAAGCACUUCACUGAGCUGGGGCUGGUAGGGUUGCUGGAACAGGCAGCCGGCUACUUCACCAUGGGUGGACUCUACGAGGCGGUGAAUGAGGUCUACAAGAACCUCAUCCCCAUCCUGGAAGCCCACCGUGACUACAAGAAGUUGGCCGCGGUGCACGGCAAACUGCAGGAGGCCUUCACCAAGAUCAUGCACCAGAGUUCCGGCUGGGAGCGCGUGUUCGGGACGUAUUUCCGCGUGGGCUUCUACGGCGCCCGCUUUGGCGACCUGGAUGAGCAGGAGUUUGUGUACAAGGAGCCAUCGAUCACGAAGCUGGCAGAGAUCUCACACCGGCUGGAGGAGUUCUACACGGAGAGAUUUGGCGACGACGUGGUUGAGAUUAUCAAAGACUCUAACCCUGUGGACAAGUCCAAGCUUGACACACAGAAGGCCUACAUCCAGAUCACGUAUGUGGAACCGUACUUUGAUACCUACGAGCUCAAGGACCGGGUGACCUACUUCGACCGCAACUAUGGGCUUCGCACAUUCCUGUUCUGCACGCCCUUCACGCCGGAUGGGCGCGCACACGGGGAGCUGCCCGAGCAACACAAGCGUAAGACGCUGCUUAGCACCGACCACGCCUUCCCCUACAUCAAGACUCGCAUCCGUGUGUGCCACAGGGAGGAGACGGUGCUGACACCGGUGGAGGUGGCUAUCGAGGACAUGCAGAAGAAAACACGGGAGCUGGCCUUUGCCACCGAGCAGGACCCACCAGAUGCUAAGAUGCUACAGAUGGUGCUUCAGGGCUCCGUGGGGCCCACCGUGAACCAGGGUCCCCUGGAGGUGGCCCAAGUGUUUUUAGCAGAGAUCCCGGAAGACCCCAAGCUCUUCCGGCAUCACAACAAAUUGCGGCUCUGCUUCAAGGACUUCUGCAAGAAAUGUGAGGAUGCACUGCGGAAAAAUAAGGCCCUGAUUGGGCCGGACCAGAAGGAGUACCACCGCGAGCUAGAGCGCAACUACUGCCGCCUGCGGGAGGCUCUGCAGCCCCUGCUUACCCAGCGCCUGCCCCAGCUGCUGGCACCCACCCCACCUGGCCUCAGGAACUCCUUGAACAGAGCAAGUUUCCGAAAGGCAGACCUCUGAGCCCACAAGGACCAAAGCUGCACCUAGAGGAACCAGCACCCGGGCCUCAGCUAUCUGUGCUGCGAGGGGAGUCUCCCCUGGUGCCCACUGGGCCGUGGGGUGACCACAUUGUACUCGGUGCUGGGCCCUUUGCCUCUGUGUCCCCAUCUGUAUGCACUGAUGCUUCCUCCCUUUUUUAAUUUAAAAUGGUUUUUAUAAGCAA